AUGAAGACGCUAUGGGGCAACCAAAUCGACUUCAACUUUUAUCCAGCGCUUCAAGGCUUUUAUGUCUUAAACAUUUUUACGCUACCAAUUAGCGGGAUGGCCGGGUAUUUGAUUUACAAGAAAACGCCGGCGGAAAUGUCGCAGUAUCGUUAUUUUUUGCUGAAUAUAUGGUUCUGGACAGCACUCUCCGACUUCGCGCUGACGAUCGUCUUGCAAAUUCAACUCUUCUUUCCACUAUUUGGAGGAGCUUCAUGCUCACUUUUUGUCAACUACUUCUUCCCAAUGCUCCCUGAUAAUGGAUAUUUUGCAUGGGUGUUCACCGUAUGGGUGCUGGUGAACGCCUCGAUCUCGCUGCUCUGCGGGUUUAUUUAUAGGCUCUGGGCGCUGGACUCGGAGACGUGGUUGCGAAGGGAUAAGAGCUACCUCUACAAUUUCUGCGCGGGAAUCCAUGUGAUAAAAUCUUCAUUUGAAACCUGGGAAUGUAUUAUGGCCUAUACCCCGCGUGACAAGAUGGCCACUUUUAUUCUCGAGCGAUACCCUCAAUACUCCAGCAUCCUAACCAUCCCAAACUUCCUCCUCCUUGAGCCGGCAUUAAACCCGUGGAAUGGGUAUCUAUUCGGAACAUUGAUCACCGGAGAAUUUGCCAUCUUUGGGACAAUGAUCUACAUUUUUGGGCGGAUUUCAAAGAUUCUACAGGAUCGGCGUGGUUGUAUGAGUACACGCACCUAUCAACAGCACAGGAUGCUCACGAUAUCGCUGAUAUUGCAGUCCGUACUCCCUAUUGUCGUUUUCUACGUCCCAAUCACGGCAGGAAUGGCAUAUCUGCUGGUGGAUCGAGGUGAAAAUGGGUAUAUUCAAGGAAUGGCCCACGGGUGUCUUAUUUUAUUAUGUCUACACACCAACAUAAACAUAAUCGCGAUGCUUUGUUUAAUCCGGCCGUAUCGUGUCGAAGUAUUGAGAUGGUGGGCAAAGAUGCCCUGGAUCGGGAAAAACUACAAUGCAGCGACCAGAACCACGACAAAAGUCAUCUCUACCUCGCGAAUCUAUCGGCCGCGGGGUUCUAUGAGCCAAACUUCGAUCAUACCGGAAAUUCGUGUUGAGCUGGCU